AAGAUUUUUUUCUUGAAUAGUAUUUUCCUAGUACACGAUUCUAUUUCAUUUAAUAAAUAUAAUGUGACAGGAAUUAAUUGUCAAAAUCACGUUUCCAAGAUCAUUCUGAUGCCCAAAACAACAAAUUCGAGAGGACCGAAUAAAGCAAUUUAUGUUUCACCUCAAUUAAUCCUGAUCGUGUGGGAUUUUCGCAGAAACUAUACAGACCAUGCAUCCAUUUCUUUGGAGUAGAAUUAUGAGCAUGCAUUAACUCAGUACGAGAGAAAUCUAUUGAAGAGAUUUUACUCGUGCAUGGGUAUUUCUAAAAGCAAUUAAGCCUUCAUUACCGAUUUACUAUACUCCAAAGAGACCAGCAAAAAGACAAGCCAAACUUUACUACCGGGCGUGCAUAGCAGCCCAUGGCCAGCACACGUUUCCUUUUUCAACUACCUGCGCAAAUACUUGCCAAGCAUGCACAUGUCGCCUCCAUAAAUAUAUAUCGUAACUAAGUUGAGGAGAACCCUCAAGGAAAAUUAGCCAACUAUCAGCCAGCGGUCGACGACGUCGUGAGUCAUGACCAUCGCGAUGGUGGUCGCCAUGCUGAUGGCGUGCGUGGGUACUGCGGCGGUGGCGGGAGGCCGGCAGGGAGGGGAGGGAGGAGGCGGGGCGGGAAAGGAGGUGAGGUAUGAUGGCAGGGCUUUGGUGCUGAAUGGCACAAGGAGGGUUCUGUUCUCCGGUGAGAUGCACUACACUAGAAGCACCCCUGAGAUGUGGCCAAAACUCAUAGCGAACGCCAGGAAGGGUGGCCUCGAUGUCAUACAAACAUACGUCUUUUGGAAUGUUCACGAGCCUGUCCAGGGCCAGUAUAACUUUGAGGGAAGAUACGAUCUCGUGAAGUUCAUCAGAGAAAUUCAGGCUCAAGGGCUCUAUGUAAGCCUCAGGAUUGGACCCUUUAUAGAGGCAGAAUGGAAAUACGGAGGGUUUCCAUUUUGGCUACAUGAUGUUCCAAACAUCACCUUCCGAACAGACAAUGAACCCUUCAAGCAACAUAUGCAACGAUUUGUCACACAGAUAGUAAGCAUGAUGAAACAGGAAGGGCUGUAUUACCCACAAGGAGGCCCAAUAAUUAUUUCUCAGGUUGAGAAUGAGUACCAGAUGGUUGAGCCUGCAUUUGGCUCAGGUGGCCCGCGUUAUGUCCGUUGGGCAGCUGAAAUGGCUGUAGGUCUCCAGACAGGUGUUCCAUGGAUGAUGUGCAAGCAAAACGAUGCCCCAGACCCAAUUAUUAAUACCUGCAACGGGCUCAUCUGUGGAGAAACAUUUGUAGGACCAAACUCACCUAGCAAGCCUGCAUUGUGGACAGAAAAUUGGACAACUCGCUACCCUAUAUAUGGUAAUGAUACAAAGUUGAGAUCUACAGAAGAUAUUGCCUUUGCAGUUGCACUUUUCAUAGCAAGAAAGAAAGGAAGCUUUGUGAGCUACUACAUGUACCAUGGAGGAACAAACUUUGGUAGGUUUGCCUCUUCAUAUGUAACAACAAGUUACUAUGAUGGAGCUCCUCUAGAUGAAUACGGUCUAAUAUGGCGACCUACAUGGGGCCAUCUCAGGGAACUGCAUGCUGCAGUAAAUCUAUCUUCAGAACCAUUACUGUUCGGAACAUACUCCAAUUUUUCAUUAGGUCAAGAACAAGAGGCACAUAUAUUCGAAACAGAAUUGAAGUGUGUGGCUUUCUUGGUCAACUUUGAUAAGCAUCAGUCACCAACAGUAGUAUUCCGUAAUAUACCUUUCCAACUGGCACCCAAAUCCAUCAGUAUUCUAUCAGAGUGCAGGACAGUGGUAUUUGAAACAGCCAAGGUAAAUGCUCAGUAUGGGUCAAGAACAGCCAAAGUAGUAGAGUCUCUUAACGAUAUUCAUACAUGGAAGGCAUUUAAAGAACCAAUUCCUGAAGAUAUAAGCAAGGCUGUGUACACUGGAAACCAACUCUUUGAACAUCUCUCAAUGACUAAAGAUGAGACAGAUUAUCUCUGGUACAUUGUCAGCUAUGAAUAUAGACCAAGCGAUGAUGGCCAGCUUGUGCUUCUUAAUGCUGAGUCACGAGCACAUGUAUUGCAUGCUUUUGUCAACACUGAAUACGUAGGGUGUGUGCAUGGGAGUCAUGAUGGACCUGGCAACAUAAUUCUCAACACGAAUAUUUCUCUAAAGGAGGGGCAGAACACCAUAUCAUUGCUAAGUGUAAUGGUUGGAUCACCGGACUCCGGCGCUCACAUGGAAAGAAGAAGCUUUGGAAUUCGUAAAGUGAGCAUACAGCAAGGACAACAACCACUACAUCUCCUCAACAACGAACUAUGGGGGUACCAGGUUGGUUUAUAUGGAGAAGGGAAACGAAUCUACACGCAAGAAGAAUCAAGCAGUGUUGAAUGGACAGAGAUAAACAGUUUGACAUAUCAUCCACUUACUUGGUACAAGACAACAUUCGCCGCACCAGUGGGCAACGAUGCGGUGGCACUGAACCUCACUAGUAUGGGCAAGGGAGAAGUAUGGGUCAACGGGGAGAGCAUUGGACGGUACUGGGUCUCCUUUAAGGCCCCAAGUGGACAGCCCUCUCAAUCCCUGUAUCACAUUCCACAGCACUUCCUGAAACCUACAGACAACCUCCUUGUUCUUGUUGAGGAAAUCGGAGGCAAUCCGCUGGAGAUAACGGUGAACACAGUGUCCAUCACAACAGUGUGUGGCAGCGUGAAUGAGCUCUCGUCGCCGGCUCUCCAUACGCAAGGGAAGGAUCCAGAAGUACGUCUACGGUGCCAAAGGGGCAAACACAUCUCGGCAAUUGAGUUCGCGAGUUAUGGGAAUCCUGCAGGCGACUGCACAACAUUUUCAACUGGAAGUUGCCAUGCCGCGCUGUCGGAAUCUGUUGUAAAACAGGCUUGCAUAGGUAAAAGGGGUUGCUCUAUUCCGGUAUCUCCUGCCAGGUUUGGUGGUGAUCCGUGCCCUGGGAUCCAAAAAUCCCUUCUAGUUGUUGCGAAUUGCAGAUGAUACCAUACAUACACACAUUAAAGGAAGUAAGGUUAAUGGCCGCUAAAUCAGCAGAAAGCAAGAAUUGGACAGAUUGAGGUUAGGUUAUACAGAUCCGUUGCUUUUAAUCCAAAAAAUCCGAUAGAUGUAUAUGUAAUUCACUCCAAACCAACAGAUACAUCAUUCUUCUGUGAAUGGAAAAUAUACAGGAUCCCUUGCAUUUCGAGCGUA